AUGACAGGCACAAAGCUCGUCCCACGACGAACCGAUCGAUCCUCUUCCCCGGAAAGCGUGCUGAUCAUCGGUGGUGGUGCGACUGGUCUCGUCACGCUGCGCAAUAUCGUCGAGGAGGUCGGCUCGGAUUCGUCUGGAUCCUACCCGCUUUUCGCACCGCUACUCGUGGAACGUCGCGAUGACGUUGGAGGGGUAUGGUACUGGUCCGACUCUACGUAUUCUUUGGAACGUUCGAUCGGAGCGGACAAGUGUCAGCGACAGUCGCCGUUGUUCGAUCAUGCGGGCAAACCGCAUUGGCCUUCACCGGCGUAUCUGAACCUGAGGGGGAAUGUUCUGCCGGAGUUUCUCGAGUUCUCGGGAAAGAAGAUGGAAAAACCAAAGAACGACGAGGUGUUUCCGACCCUAGAAGAAACGCACGAGUAUCUUAGGGACUUUGCGGAACCCUAUCGCAAGUACAUCAAGACAGGGGUAGAAGUGCUGAAAGUGCAAGAGUUGCCCCAAGAUCGUGGGUGGCAAGUGACGCUCAAACACUGGUCCCGAGAAAGCAUCACCGCUGCAGAUACGAUCAGCUUUACCCCGUACAUCGAAACGCUCACCUUCGACCGAGUCAUCGUCGCUGCCGGUUGGUACGAUACACCCUAUUACCCGGACGUACCUGGUCUCGCUCACCUCGCUUCCCAAACAUCCCACAUCCACCACUGCAAACACUACCGCGACUCCACCCCUUACGUCAACAAACGCGUCAUCGUCGUCGGAAACAACAACUCCGCCAACGAAGUAGCUGCCCACCUCGCACCCUUCAACUCACCGCAACAUCCAGUGUACAGGUCGAGCAAGAGUGCACCUAUCGAGAAAUGCCCCGCUUUGCCGGAUGAGAGGAUCAAAGAUGUUGGUAUGAUCAUCGAGUACAAGUUGGUCGGGGGGAAAGUGGAAGUUAGAUUGGUAGAUGGCAGUGUGAUUUCCGGAGUAGAUUAUGUGAUUUUGGGAACGGGAUAUGGACAGAAGUAUACUUGGUUGCAUGUUUUGACGGAUGAGAGUCGAUCGAAUGGUGGGGAAGAGGUGGAGGUUUUGACGCCGGAUGCGUUGAGAGCUACGAGGGUACCGUUCCUGUACAACCACGCGUUGUUCUGCAAAAGCCCGCGGUUGACGUUGGCGUUUGUAGGGUUGGUGGUUUCCUACAUGCCGUUCUCGUUCAACGAUUUGUUGAGUGCAUGGAUUGUAGGUGUUUGGAGUGGCAAGAUCACUACCGUACCUACCUCAAUCGAUUCCCGCCUACGAUUCGAAAAGGAUCGACUCGAAUACCUCUACACACAACGUUGCAAAACCACCACCCCAGGGACAACACCCGAUCCCGCCAACCCAACUACUUACGCAGGAUAUCACCUUAUCGGCGGUAGCCUCGCCGAAGGUCCUCCGAGCGAACUCCACUUUGCCGCCCAACUGUUCGACGAACUCGCUGCUGCCGACCCCAAGAGGAUCGCCAAGUUCGAAUACAAGUGGGACAAGGAACGCGAGGAGAAACAGGUAGGAAUGUAUCGGAGAAAGAAGCUGUGGUUGGAGCAGAACGGCGAGAGGAUACGCAACGAUCCGUUCGAUCUAUUGGGCGUCAACAGGCAGAGGUACGGUUGGUUGGUCAGGGAGUUGGUUAGCGAGGAGUGGAGGAGCAGAGGAGAGGAGCAGGGGGAAGAGGGGAGAAGGGCGAAUCUUUGA